CCAGUGCCACUGGGGAGAACCCAGAGGAGUAUCAGCAAAGGAUCAUGGGAGAUAGAGUCCAGAGACAACUGCUGACUUCCUACAAAGAGGAGCUGGUCAGAGCUGCAUAGAGUUCUCCUGUGUUUCAGAGACCUACAGUGGGUGAGUGACUCAUCAUAAAGCAACAUACUCACUUCCAUAUUGGCCCCAUAUAUAAUAAUAAUAAUAAUAUGCCAUUUAGCAGACGCUUUUAUCCAAAGCGACUUACAGUCAUGCGUGCAUACAUUUUUGUGUAUGGGUGGUCCCAGGGAUCGAACCCACUACCCUGGCGUUACAAGCGCCGUGCUCUACCAGCUGAGCUACAGAGGACCACAAAUCUGUAAGAUAUGAUUUAGCUAUUUAAUGGUUUGGUUAGUAUUUAGUCAGGGUAAUCUGGAUCCUGGGACAACCAUUAGGACCUGUAUUAAAGCGAUACUGUAGUCCCACCUUCCUCUGUGAAAGGCUAUGUGGGCAUUUCUACCCCUUGAUGGCACCUAUCCUAUCCAAUCCUGUCAGGCCGUAUUUAUACGACCAAAACACAAAGCUGACCUCAGAUCAGUGUCUAGUGGCUACUUCAUCUUUCUCCAUAGAAAUAGCUCCUUUUCAGUCUUUUAGUGAAAGCACUCCAUCUAGUGGUGAUUUGUGAAAUACAUUGAUUAAUGAUCUGUGCCAUUUCCUUAAUUAUACUUAUUCACAAUAGUUGAUAGUUAUAAUACAGUAGAAUACAGUACAGUACAAUACAGUACAAUACAGAACAGUACAGUACAAUAUAGCAUUUAUGAGGUUAUUUUUCAUACACUUCCCUCAAAUAACUGUUCUCCCCUGUGAGUAAAGAGGGGUGUGUCUUCCCUUGGCAGUGCGGUCCAAUGAGGUGGAGGAGAGGGAGGCUACAGAUUCCAGUGGAGGAAGGAGGACAGGCAAAGAAUCGUCUGUGACAGAUUGGAGCUCUUCGUCGCCAUAGUGACAGGGUUGUUGAUGGGGUUCUGACAGGUGGUUUUGGGGGUGUUGUCAUGGGAGGGUUGACGGGGGCGGUGAUAUGGUUUACAACAGGACUGGUCAGGAACUGGUGGAGCCCCUGACUCACUGGGAGGCACCAUGUGUAGUGCAUCUUAUGGAGGCUUCAAAAAGCAUUCAUAUAGGCUUCAUAAGCACUACAUAAAUCGGUCACAAAUCAUCUAUAAUCAUUUUUCAUGCUCUAUAAAAGAUGAAUAAAUGUGAACAAAUACAUGGAUGGUUUUGUCACACAGCUAUGCCACAUUAUGAAUCUUUAUAGAGCAUGAUGUACGGUUAUAGAUUAUUUGUGAAGCAUUUAUGUAGUGUUUAUGAAGCCUAUAUGAAGCCUUUAUAAGAUGCACUUCAAAUAAAGCGGGACCCUACUUUUAAAAACGAUUCUAAUGUAUAUAGAUGGAAGGGCUUUGGUGAUGGAUCAUGUUUCUUGAUGCAAUUAUCAAACUUUGAAUUAUUAAUCAUUUGGAAAUUAAUAAAAGCCCAAUAAAUAAAUAAAAUAUACAGAGCAUAUAUUGAUUAUUUAAAGAUAGAUGAAACCCUGAUAUUCAUCACCAGUGCUAGCCUACUUCUGUUAAGUCAGUCCUGAUAUGGGUCUGAACCUGUUAGUCAUCAAGGGAUUAAAAGAGAGAUUCAUCCAGCAAUAUCUUUCCCUGAUUUCAUCUGACCAAGUAUUCAGAUAUUGUGUGACAGGAGUUCAAAAUCAAAUCAAAUUUUAUUUGUCACAUGCGCCGAAUACAACAGGUGUAGACCUUACAGUGAAAUGCUUACUUACAACAACAACACAUGACCAGUGCUUAAAUUGUAAAUCGGGUGGUGACAAAAUAAUCACCUUUAUAAUAAAGCAUUGCAUGCACAUCAUGGCAUUUGCGUAGUGGCAUAGAGCAGUAGAGUAGAGGAUCUUACAGAAGUUGCACACAUGGGGGGAUUUUACUUGGGUCCGCGAAGAAUUUGGCCUUAUAUAAACACAUUUCAUGCAAUUCUACCUCAUUUUAUAUGACUGGAGACUAGCAGAAUAUUUUUUUAUACCGCACAUAUGAUCGAAAUGACAGGCUACUUUGACACUGACAAACUGAGAUCAAUAAAACUAACUUGUCUUGAAUCCAUCAAUAGCCCAGGCCUAGGUGUGUGGAGACACAUAUUGUACAAUUACAUUUACGUCAUUUAGCAGACGCUCUUAUCCAGAGUGCAUACAUAUAUAUAUACUUUUUUUUUUUCAUACUGGCCCCACGUGGGAAUCGAACCCACAACCCUGGCGUUGCAAAUGCCAUGCUCUACCAACUGAGCUACACAGGGCCUACAAUAUGAGGAGGAAAUUAUAGUUCUAGAAAACAGUGGAGGCUGCUCAUUGGAGGACGGCUCAUAAUAAUGGCUGGAAUGGAGCAAAUGGAAUGGCAUCAAACACAUGGAAACCAUGUGUUUGAUGUAUUUGAUACCGUUCCACUACUCUGCUCCAGCCAUUAACACGAGGCCGUCCUCCCCAUUUAAGGUGCCACCAACCUCCUGUGCUAGAAAAGCUUUCCACUUUCACUGACUCACCCAAUGAUGCACAUCUCACUCACUGGUGAUGGCCAAUACUCUCGUGGUGAUGGCCAAUACUCUCGUGAUGAUGGCCAAUACUCUCGUGAUGAUGGCCAAUACUCUCGUGGUGAUGGCAAAAACUCUCGUGGUGAUGGCCAAUACUCUCGUGGUGAUGGCAAAUACUCUCGUGGUGAUGGCCAAUACUCUCGUGGUGAUGGCCAAUACUCUCGUGGUGAUGGCCAAUACUCUCGUGGUGAUGGCCAAUACUCUCGUGCCCAAAAGCCUAUCUCUUUUGUAUCACAUUGUAAAACAAUGUUUGCUCAACAGGCCUAUUUAGAAGUUUAUACAAUAUUUUGGUAGCCUACAGUCAGAUUAGAGUAUUUUCUUUUAAGCAGGAGCCAUUUGCUUUCCGACCUGUGUUUUCCUGCGAUUGUAGCCUAUUUGAAAUAUUGGGAAAGGCUUGUUCUGGCUGCAUGCUGUUCACUGACGGAUUUAGUUCUGAGAUACAGGCGCGCUUCUCUCUCUCACCGCCCGCAGCAACCGUCACGCGUUGGUCUCAAACAUAGUCUAUAAUGUUGCGCAAAACAUAAACCCGGGCCGGCCCAACACGAAUUCUAAGAAUAUCGGGCUGAAAGUCUACGUUUUACAAUUACGUUUUUUUUUAGCAGGAGAAUGAGGUAAUCAGGAGACAACUCGAAUGAACUCUGAUAGCUUUUAUUAUAAUUUGUAUAUUGCAAACAGUGAUUUUCUUUCUCAUGUAGAUGUACGGAUCCGGCUCAAAUUAAGCACUGCACAUGUCUAGAUCAACCAAAUAUACACGAUCAAAGAAUAAUUCGUGUACACAAAAAUAGUGAGCCCCAACUGGGGAUCGAAGCCAGAUCCAGCGACAACAUUUAUAGGCUAAUAUCAGGUCACUACAAAUCUCAACAAUGUUGUUAUUGUUGUUGUCUUAAUGUGUAACAGAAUCAGUAAAUCCUGCAUAAAUGAUAUUUAACCAGAAAUGACGUAAUAGUAAAUGCAUAAGAGUGGAAAUCCCCACUACUCCCGGACACAGGGCAGCCAGACUCAUUUUCAAUAAACUAUCAGUGAGUAAUUCAUGCUUCGCUACACUGAACCAAGAAGCCUACAUCGAAUUGCACACGAUUGGCAAACAGUUUCAAUAAAUCACACCAAUGCAGGUAGGUGGUUAUGUUUCAUAAUGAUUGCUAAUAACAUUUUCUAUCGAGUAACAUUUACAUUAUUCACGUCAAAGAAAAUGUCAGAUCCUGAAAUGUAACUUCCGUAUCUUUGUUUUGUACGCUAAGAAUGAGUCUAACCGUUUGCAUCGUCAAAGACAUGAAAACGCGAUCAUAUUAAGAUAAAUUUUCAAACGUAUAAGUGAUUUCCGGGUGAAUUUACUUACCAUAUGCCGGGUUUCAACGUAUUUGACAAAGACAGUACAGUAUGGAGCGAGGCAGAAAAUGAUGACGUCAUCGAGUCUAACGCGAGCUGCGCAUGUGCAGGGCGUCAAAUCAACGGCACUCCUUCGAUAUCAAGUUUUUUUUACGAAAAUGAAAACGUUUCAGUUUGUCACUUUCAGAAGUUGGAGUAAUAACAUGUUCAACUACUUAAAACAUUGGCUCGAAUCUAGGUUGUGCCUUUAGAUUUCAAGAAAAUGAAUAACUACGGAAGAAUCUUUCACUUCUCUAAUUGACUUCUCAAACCACAAACCCCGGCCUGGUCUGUUUGUUUUGUUUCGCAAGCGUUCCCGGAAGUCAACUGAUGUUGCGCCUCUGGGUUUCGAAACUGUGUAUUUGACUGCCAAGAAGAAGCGCGAAGCAGAAAAAUACAUCCGUUUAAUUAGAACUACAAACAUGAACUACAACUCCCACUAAUGUCUCUCUUUCCACAGUUUGCCGGUCUUAAACAACUCAAUUUUUUUCAUUUUCUAAAUUUAUAUUCAUUCAGACCCCCCCCCUUGUGUAAUCUAAAACACAUAAAACCGUUGGUUGAUGCAUGCAACAACUGAGCAGGGGAACAACAUCUUUGCGACAUGCUACUUCUGUAGCAAAAGGGUUUGUUAAUUUCACAGGUUAUUGACAUACAAAUCCCAACAAAGAGUUUAAUUGCUUUGUGCAUAUAAACUAAUUUGGCCAAAUAACUGAGUUGCGUUAGUCUAUUAUCUACCUUUUGUGUAAACUCCAUAUCUCGACUGUAAAUGUCUUCAUGCAAUUUUGAUAAGUCUGAGUGAAAGUAUUUAACAUAAGUGUUUUUUUUUAUGAAAGAUGGAGCUGCCGCUACCCAGCAGCCCGACACUGGAGUUGAUUGGUAAUGACAGUCUGCAGGACUGGGAGGUGAUUGGUGGAGGGGGCUUUGGACAGAUCCACAAGGCCAGGCAUAUAAAGUGGAGGUUUGAUGUGGCCAUCAAGUUGCUGCAUUAUGAUGAUGGGUAAAUAUAUGACCAUCCCACAGCCGUGCAUAAGACAAUACUUGAGAGUAUGCAUGUUGAUUCUGUUUGCUCCAGUGCAUUCAACAUCUCUAUUAGGCCCUGGCCAAUAUGAAAGGAAAACUAAUUGAACCGCAUUACAAUAUAUACGUUUUUAAUUAUGUCCACCAUUUUGAUUAAAGGUGCAAUCUGUAACUUUUAUCUGGUUUAAAGUGCUGCCCCUACAGUCUUUGUUAAAUAUUUGUGUUGUUGUGGUUGCUCUUAGGUCAAAUGUGUUUACGUCAAUGUACCACUAGGGGGAGUAAAGGUUUCAGAAUGCAACGUUAAGGCUCUAGUCCACGUGUCAAACUCAUUCCACGGAGGGCCGAGUGUCUGCGGGUUUUCGCUCCUCCCUUGUACUUGAUUGAUGAAUUAAGGUCACUAAUUAGUAAGGAACUCCCCUCACCUGAUUGUCUAGGUCUUAAUUGAAAGAAGAAGAAACUAGGCCCUCCAUAGAAUGAGUUUGACACCCCUGCUCUAGUUCAUGAGCCGGGGGGGGUCAGACCGGCUCAUGUGGCGUGGUGAUGUCUCAUAGUGAUUUUUUUUAAAGGUCUAUUUCCCUAGAGUUUGAAAAGUUGUGACAGCAGUGCAGCAAUGGAGCUUUCUCUGUGAUAUCACUCUUAUCUUUCAUCCCUCCAUCACAUAGAUUUUACCCGAAGGGAUUUUACCCCUAUGACAAACAAUGGCAGUAUACAAGAAGUUAUUGCUCACGUAUACCCUCGUCAUUGGAAAGCUAAGAUUCACAGCUAUCCGUCAGACACAUUUUCGGGAAUGUUCCGGUCAACAGAAAUGUUACCUUUGACCUCUAGGGUACAUAUCAGAAUUACCUGCUUUAAAAAGAUAACCCUGAUACAUUUUAAACUUUGUUUGACAAGUGGUUCUAAAAAGUUAAUGAAAUUACCUUUCAAAUGAUAUAUAAUAUAACCAACUUUGAAAAUACCAGCUACAACUAUUUAAAAAUUGCCCAAAUUGUGCCAUGUGACAUUAGAAUGUUGGAAGCGUAGCCAUGGAAUUCCAUGUAGUGGGGCAGCUAUGUUUUUGGAUUGUGACUUUGGUGAUAGAGGCACCAAAUUUCACACACACAGCUAGAACAAGGUUUUAAAAAGAUUUGUAGAUACAGGGCUGAAGGGUCAUUCUAGAAUAUGAGGGAGGGGUGAACCUACACUCUUAGAAAUAAGUGUUUGGUUAGGGUACAGUAUUUUUCCCUGGGGUACAAAAAUAUCAAAAUACACAUAUUGUACCUUCAGAGGUACACAUAUGAUCUCACGUGGUACUCACAUAGUACCCUUUUAGGGUACAUGUGCGGAUAAUCUAGUAUAAAAUCUUAAAUAUCCAGUAUACAACAUUUUGAAGGUAAUGUCACUCUCAAUGUACGGUGAAGGUACAUUUCUGUUUCUCAGGGUACAAAUGUAUUUUGUGUGCCCUAAAUUCUCGAUGGUACUGAUCUGUACCUUCAGAAAAGCUACAAAUAGACAAUGUAUUGAAUAGAGGUACAUAUUUGUUCCCACCAUAAGGUACAAUGACACAUUUUUGCCACUUUAAAGGAACUAACGGCUUUGUCACUGGGGUGGUACUCUAAAAAGGCACAUUUGUACCAUAGUCAUUAUCAUAUUUCCCAGCAUGCUCUACUGCAGGUUUAUUUUUAAGAAUCGUUUUUAAUAUCUGUGUUUUUGAAUCUUUAUUGAUUGAUUGAUUAAUCUUAUGCUACACAAAGAUAAAUACCUUACAUUUUUCCUUAAUCCGAUCAGUUAGUUAGAUUUAUUGCACCCGUUAAUGAAAUGGUUGUUCCAGUUUAAAUGGUUUAGGUAGUCUCCUUUAUCAAUGUUCCUAACCCUGGUUGUCAUUCUGAAUGCAGGUUGCGGGUGAGUAGAAAUUCCAGCUGUUGGAUAUCUUAUCUCUGUCUGUAUUCCAAUAGGAAUUACUCAUCACUUUGCAUGCCAGCAUAAUGUGACUUGCAAAGUGAUGUGGCCUGUAAACCAUGAGUUUCAGGCCACUGUAUUAGGGUAAAACUAGGCCUCAGAAUAAGGCCUUAUGAUAUAUAUAAUGUAUUCUCAUAAAGAGUUUAACGUUCACCUAGUAAUUCACUUGGUGAAGACCACAGGACUGAAAUUGAACGAAUUCAACAUUCAUGUCUAACAAAACACAGUCAUGGGUGGUAACUCUAUAAUUCACUCGAAAAGUCAAGGCACACUGGGAAAUUAUUUUAUUCUGUACAAGAUGGCGGCGACAGACAUGGUCGCCCUGUUUCUAGCUCCUAGCCAACUGCAGUACUUAGUUUUUUUGUGUGUUAUUUCUUACAUUAUUUGCUCAGAACAUUUCUUGCAUUAUUACCUACAGCCGGAAAAAACUUUUGGAUAUUAGAUUUGAAGAUCAUGUAGGACCUCAGCCACCCGAGCCGCGGCCUGUUCAUAAAUUAUGCAGACGGCUUAUGAAAAUGAGUUUGUAUUGAUGUGUGUCAAUCUAACUAACAUAAUACACAAAUCCCCAUAAAAAUCUGUCAGUUUAAGCUAGAGAUAUCUGUCUCAAUCCAACGCAUUCACUGUCGGCUUUCCGCAUCUUCGGUGGAAGUUGGGCGAGCUACAGCGGUGAUUGUCAGACCAUGAGACGUUACGAAAAUCGGUCUUCUCACGAAAACGUCUUCAGCGUCCGAACGGUUUGGCCUAUAAAACUAUUAUGACCACAAGUGUCACGGGAGUCGUCUGAAGGUAACCCAUACAAACAAAUUGAAGUAUGGAGGUAGUUUUGUGCCCCCAAAAAUAAGGGGUUAAUUAUGUGUCCCAAAAAAAUAACACAAUUGUCAAAGCAUUGACAAACUAAUGCCGUCAUGAAGAACAAGCUGACAAUGUAUUGACGAAGCACUGACAAACGAAUGCCCUUUUGUAUACACUGCAAAACCAUGAAACAUGUGACACAUUUAUAACCUAAACGUAAGUGUUUAAAUUUAAACAUUAGGCAUUUAGAUUUGCCAAUAAGAGUUCUCAUCUUAAACACAGGCGUUUAGAAUGCAAGAUUAAACAUGAUAGUCAGGUUUUUCCCAUCAGUUUCCAACCAGGAGAACACCUACAGUGAGGGAAAAAAGUAUUUGAUCCCCUGCUGAUUUUGUACGUUUGCCCACUGACAAAGAAAUGAUCAGUCUAUAAUUUUAAUGGUAGGUUUAUUUGAACAGUGAGAGACAGAAUAACAACAACAAAAAAUCCAGAAAAACGCAUGUCAAAAAUGUUAUAAAUUGAUUUGUAUUUUAAUUAGGGAAAUAAGUAUUUGACCCCCUCUCAAUCAGAAAGAUUUCUCUCUCCCAGGUGUCUUUUAUACAGGUAACGAGCUGAGAUUAGGAGCACACUCUUAAAGGGAGUGCUCCUAAUCUCAGCUUGUUACCUGUAUAAAAGACACCUGUCCACAGAAAAACUUACAUUUUUCGAAACUAAUCCAAUCUGUAAAGGGUUGAAUUUAUUGCACCCGUUACUGAGAAGGUUGUUCCAGUUUAGAUGGUGUAGGUUGUCUUGUUUGUCUAGUCCUUCACCAUAGCAGUCAUUCUGAGUGCAGGUUGUGGGUCAUAAAAUAUUGAAAUAGCUGGAUAUCCUCCCUCUGGCUGGAUUCUGAUAGGAAUUACUAAUCACCACAAACCAGCAUACUGUGACUUGCAGGUAUGAUGUGUCCCAUGAGACAGGAUUUUCAGCCAACGAUGUCGAGGAUAACUAGACCAUAACUAAAGGCUGAGGAUAACUAGGCCAUAACUAAAUGCUGAGGAUAACUUGACCAUAACUAAAGGCUGAGGAUAACUAGGCCAUAACUAAAGACUGAGGAUAACUAGACCAUAACUAAAGGCUGAGGAUAACUAGGCCAUAACUAAAUGCUGAGGAUAACUAGGCCAUAACUGAAGGCUGAGGAUAACUAGACCAUAACUAAAGGCUGAGGAUAACUAGACCAUAACUAAAGGCUGAGGAUAACUAGACCAUAACUAAGAAAGACCAUAACUAAAGGUGAGGAUAACUAGACCAUAACUAAAGGCUGAGGAUAACUAGACCAUAACUAAAGGCUGAGGAUAACUAGACCAUAACUAAAGGCUGAGGAUAACUAGACCAUAACUAAAGGCUGAGGAUAACUAGACCAUAACUAAAGGCUGAGGAUAACUAGACCAUAACUAAAGGCUGAGGAUAACUAGACCAUAACUAAAGGCUGAGGAUAACUAGGCCAUAACUAAAGGCUGAGGAUAACUAGGCCAUAACUAAAGGCUGAGGAUAACUAGACCAUAACUAAAUGCUGAGGAUAACUAGACCAUAACUAAAUCCUGAGGAUAACUAGACCAUAACUAAAGGCUGAGGAUAACUAGACCAUAACUAAAGGCUGAGGAUAACUAGGCCAUAACUAAAGGCUGAGGAUAACUAGGCCAUAACUAAAGGCUGAGGAUAACUAGACCAUAACUAAAUGCUGAGGAUAACUAGACCAUAACUGAAGGCCUUGUGACGUGAAAUGUGUGGUCAUAAAGGGUUUACUUUUAAUUGAAACACAUUCACUUAGGCAGUCACUUGGUGAAGGCUUCAGCAAUAGAUGUUAUUGAAUGCAACAAUCUUGUCUCUGUCACUAACAAACACAGUCAUGGGUGGGUAUCUCUCACAUUCAGUCGAAAGGCAUGCAGGGAUAUAUGCAAAGACGGCUUUACACCAUACAGUGUUAAAACAACAUCCUCAGUGUUCAGUGUUUAAAACCUAAACGCUUUGUGCUGAAUAAAUGUGUUCAUGCGUUUGAAAAGUGUUAGAGCGAAUGAACAUGUUCUGGUGUUUACAAUCUAAACACUGUGACGCGUUUUCAUUAAUGCCUUGACGCGUUUAAAAAGUGUUACAGAAAAGAGUUUAGUUGUGUUCAGAUCCUAAACACUCGGUUUCACAGUGUAACUGCUAACAGUACAGUGUAACUGCUAACGAGGAGCUACUGAAUAAAGUAUUGCCGUCCUAAAGAAGUUCCAUUUUAGUAUUCUUUGAGUCCACCUGGCCUUCAUCCCAGGAUUCACGUAUUUACCCACAGAAGCCUUUUUCCAAUAUGGCCGCCAAACAACUGAAUGGGGUCUUAUUGGAUCAACCACAUGAAAAUAUAAUACGGUGUACUGGUCCCAUGCAGCUCAGUUGGUAGGGUUGUGAGUUUGAUUCCCGCAGUGGACCAGUAUGAAAAUGUAAGUCACUCUGGAUAAGAGUGUCUGCUAAAUUACUAAAAUGUACUAUAGUAUUCACUGUAGUGUUUUUGCAGAAAAAAAGUAUACGUUGAAUACUACAGUCAAUACAGUAGUAUUAUACUACAGUAGUAUUGACUGUUUCUGUAGAAAGGGUUCUAAAUGGAACCCAAAAGUGUUCUACCUGGAACCAAAAAGGGUUCUUCAAAGGGUUCACCUAUGGAGACAGCCGAAGAACCAUUUAAGGUUCUAGAUAGCAUUUUUUUUUUUUAAAGAGUGUAAACACGGUAGUAAAAGAAAAAUGUAGUAUAUACCAUAGUAAUUAAUGUAGUGUUUUUUGCGUAUUGUAGUAUACUGUAGUAUUUACUGGUGUUUUUGCAGACAUUACCGUAGUAGUUACUAUUUUUAUUUUUUUAUUUGACAUGGAAUUGCAGGCUUUCUACUUGAGGAAACCGACUGGCACAAUAUUAAAGUAGCACAUUUUCCAAAACCUGUAGGUAGGUAGGACUGGUCUGAACGGAUAGUUCAGCGCUUCUGCUCUUUUCCAUAACCUUUUAUGAAAACAGUUAAUAGGAAACAUUGUAUAUCAUUUGAAUAAGCUCACAUCCAUGACUAUUCACUUGUACAUAUCCAUUGUAAAUGUUUGAAGAUAAAAUAUUCAGAAGUCAGCAAUUCAUAGAGCUUUUAGGGCACCUUGUUAACACAAUUCUGUGAUUAAUGUAACAUCUUUAUACAUCUGGGCCAUGUGGUCGUGUAUUCUACAUCACUAUGACAUUUUAGAUUUAUUGGCAUACUACAAUUAACUUCAUCAGGUAAGGUCAAGCAAAUAAUCCAAUAAGACCCCAUUGAGUUGUUUGGCGGCCAUAUUGGAAUAAGGCUUCUUUCGGGCUAUCCUGUGAUGGCCCUGUAUUGGUAAAUCCUGUGAUGGCCCUGUAUCUACAAAUAUUUUUAAAACCCUGUUCUAGCGGUGUGUGUGAAAUUUGGUACCUCUAUCAACAAAGUUACAAUCCAAAAACAUAGCUUCCCCUCUUCAUGGAAUUCUAUGGCUAAGCUUCCAACAUUCUGAUGUCAAUGGCACAAUAUGGGUGGUUUUUAAACAAUAGUUGUAGCUGGUGCUUUCAAAGUAUGGUUAUCUUAUAUAUAAAUUGAAAGGUAAUUUCAUGACCUUUCAGUACCACUUGUCAAACAACGUUUUAAAGCAAUUUAUACAGGUAAUUCUAAUAUGUAACCUAGAGGUCAAAGGUCAAAGUUCUGUUGACCCGAACAUUCCCGAAAAUGAGUCUGAUGGAUAGCUGUAAUCUUUCAAAUUAAAUAUGAUUAAAGGGUAUACAGUAUGUGAGCAAUAACUUGUUGGUCUGUCCCGUCCCCCCCCCCCCCUGCACACACACACACCACACACACACACACCUCAUUCCAGUUCUAGCACUUCCCUGCUUAAGGAGGUAAAAAAUAUGCAGAAGGGAGGGAGCCCCCAUGUGCUGAGGAUUCUGGGGGUGUACCAGGGGUGCCCUCCAUCUCCAGGUAGAGGCCCCUCCACCCAGCUGGGUAUUGUGAUGGAGUUAAUGAAGAUAGGCUCACUGGCGACCCUCCAGGCAACACUCUCUGGCCCCCCACCCUGGCCCCUGUCCUUCCGCCUGGCCCACCAGAUCGCUCUGGGAAUCAACUUCCUCCACAACCUCCCUCAGCCACUUCUGCAUCGCGACCUGAAGCCCAAUAACGUGCUGCUGGAUGACAACCUUAAUGCAAAGGCAAGUCCCAAGAUCCUGAGUCUAUACUAGUGGUGAGAUCAAUCUGAACUAUAUGCAGUCAUCACUACCCACUGGCAGUGUAAAUAUUUACUCAACUGUCAUUCUAUGUGAAUGACAUGACUAUUUCUGUUUAGUCUAUGUGAAGCCCAUCUCUCUCUUUCUCUCUCUCUCUCUCUCUCUCUCUCUCUCUCUCUCUCUCUCUCUCUCUCUCUCUCUCUCUCUCUCUCUCUCUCUCUCUCUCUCUCUCUCUUUAUUUCUUUUUUUCUCUUUCUCGCUGUCUCUCUCACUCUCGCUGUCUUUCAAUUCAAUUUAAGGGGCUUUAUUGGUAUGGGAAAUAUAUGUUUACAUAGUCCCCUGUAGCUCAGUUGGUAGAGCACGGCGCUUGCAACGCCAGGGUUGUGGUUUUGUUUCCCACGGGGGACCAGUAUGAAAACAUGUAUGCACUCACUAACUGUAAGUCACUCUGGAUAAGAGCGUCUGCUAAAUGACUCAAAUGUAAAUUGCCAAAAGCAAGUGAAAUAGAUAAUAAAAAAUGUACAGUAAACAUUAGACUCACAAAAGUUCCAAAAGAAUAAAGGCAUUUCAAAUGUCAUAUUAUGUCUAUAUACAGUGUUGCAAGGAUGUGCAAAUGUCUCUCUCUCUCUCUCUCUCUCUCUCUCUCUCUCUCUCUCUCUCUCUCGCUCUCUCUCUCGCUGUCUCUCUCGCUGUCUCUUUCCCUCUCUCUCUCUCUAGCUUACAGAUUUUGGCCUUGCCGAAGUCUCCCAUAGUGUUUUGAAGACAUCCAGAGAGGAGCCUGGGGAGGAAGGAGGCACUCUUAGCUACAUGCCCCCUGAGGCUUUUGGAUCAUCAUAUGAACCAACUCGAGCCACUGAUAUCUACAGGUACAACACUGAGAGACAGCAGUCAGAAAGUACCGUGGACAUUUGAUUACUCUCUGUAUUUCCUCUCUCUCAGCUAUGGCAUACUGCUGUGGUCCAUCUUCACUGGAAAGGAGCCCUAUUAUGCAGAUAACCCUUGUAAGUGGAAAUUCAAUGUCACUGUUAAGCACACACACACACACACACACACACACACACACACACACACACACACACACACACACACACACACACACAUUAACACAUACACACACACAUUAACACACACACACACACACACACACACACACAUUAACACAUACACACACACACACAUUGACACACACACACAUUAACGCACACGUUAACACAAACAUCUUCCUCUCCGUCUCUGUCAUCCAUCUCACCCGUCACUACUCACUAUUAUUUAGAUUUCCUGUUGUCUUUAUGUCACUCACCUUCUCACUCCCUCCCAAAUUCCUCACCCUUUGUCUCUCCUGUAGAUCUCCAGUCCAGUAUGGUGAGGUUACGGGUCCCCAUGGGCGACAGGCCUCCUCUGGAGGCAGUGGACAGGGACCAGGCUGGUGGGCUGGGGGAGAUGGUUGACCUCAUGGUAAAGUGCUGGGACCAACAGCCCUCUGAGAGACCCCAUUUCCUGGGUGAGACUACAGGAAGGUUGUUUUAUACUUUGCCCUGUCACUUUAUGUGUAACAGGUGUCAUUCAUCAGAUGAUUGAACCUGUUUGUGUACCUUGGUAUGUUGUUUGGUCGUUCAUAUUGGGAACCCAGGACCAACUAUUGAUUGGACAUUUAUGUCAGCAGUCUGUCACAAGGGACUAUUUGGUGGUUUAACUCUUUUUCCUUAUUAUUCAGAUUGCCUCACUGUGACAGAGAGAACAUAUGAGAGGCACAAGCAAUCAAUAAACGAAGUUGUCCAUCAAGUGCUCCUUAAACUGGUACUGUACAAGACACUC